AUGGAAGAGGCCAACAAUAUCUCCUCAGAGGGCUUCAUCCUGAUGGGUUUGUCUGACCACCCCCAGCUGGAGAUGAUUUUUUUUGUAGUCAUCCUCAUUUCUUACUUAAUGACCAUAGUUGGGAAUUCAACCAUCAUCCUGCUUUCCCGCCUAGAUCCCCGGCUGCACACACCCAUGUACUUCUUCCUCAGCAACCUCUCCUGCCUGGAUCUUGGCUUUACUACCAGCUCAGUGCCCCAAAUGCUGAUGAAUUUAUGGGGCCCAGACAAGAGUAUUAGCUAUGGUGGCUGUGUGACCCAACUCUAUGUCUUCCUUUGGCUAGGGGCUACUGAGUGCAUCCUGCUUGUAGUGAUGGCAUUUGACCGCUAUGUGGCAGUGUGCAAACCCCUGCACUACACCACCAUCAUGAACCCUCGGCUCUGUUGGCUGCUGGCUGCCAUUGCCUGGUUGUGUGGCUUGGGCAACUCUCUGAUCCAGUCAACAUUCACACUGCAGCUCCCGUUGUGUGGGCACCGGAGGGUAGACAACUUCCUGUGUGAGGUGCCCGCCAUGAUCAAAUUGGCCUGUGGAGACACUACUCUCAAUGAGGCUGUGCUCAACGGUGUCUGCUCUUUUUUCACUGCUGUGCCUCUAAGUAUCAUCCUGGUCUCCUACUGCUACAUUGUUCGGGCAGUACUGAAGAUCAGCUCGGCAGAGGGAAGGCGAAAGGCCUUUAACACGUGUUUCUCUCAUCUGGUUGUGGUGUUCCUCUUCUAUGGCUCAGCUAUCUAUGGGUAUCUACUUCCAAUUAAAACCAGCAACCAGGACCAGGGCAAAUUCAUUUCUCUUUUCUACUCCGUGGUCACACCCAUGGUGAAUCCUCUCAUCUAUACGCUGAGGAACAAGGAGGUGAAGGGGGCACUAAAAAGGCUGCUGGGGAAAGGAAGGGAAGUGGGCUGA